CGGCAAACGCCGCCCCUGCCGCCUGCCCGCAAACCUCAGACGCGCCUUUCCCGGAGCCUCUGAACUUCUGGAAAUCCGGAGACCGCGUCGGCGGUUUUGUUUUUGCGUCGUCUUCUACUGGGCUUUGGCUUUGGGAUUUCUCUGGCUGCCUGGAUACGCCUUUUCCUCUGUGGGCAUCAGAUGCCAGCUCUGAAAAACUCUUCAAUACUGUUAUUGUAAACAAAGAUCCGGAGUUAGGUGUUGGCACACUACCUGAACAUGACAGCCAGGAUGCAGGGCCAAUUGUCCCCAAGAUAUCGGGUCUAGAGAGAAGCCAGGAGAAGAGCCAGGACUGUGGCAAAGAGCAGAUCUUUGAGCCCGUGGUGCUUAAAGACCCCUGCCCUCAGGUCCCGCAGCCGCUACCCCAGCCCCAGGCGGAGCCCCAGCCCCAAGCGCCUUCGCCGGACCCUGACUUGGUGCAGCGCACAGAGGCCCUGCCUCAGCCCACACGUCCAAGCACACAGCCACCACAGGCCCCGGCAGAGGCCCAGCUGCAGCCCGCUCCACAGCCUCAGGUGCAGAGGCCACCCCGGCCACAGUCCCCCACCCAGCUGCUCCAUCAGAGUCUCCCACCUGUGCAGGCCCACCCCUCAUCUCAGAGCCUCUCCCAACCAUUGUCAGCCUACAACAGCAGUAGCUUAAGCCUCAACAGUUUAAGCAGCAGCAGAAGCAGCACUCCAGCGAAGACUCAACCAGCGCCCCCCCACAUCUCCCACCACCCCGCGGCCUCCCCAUUCCCCCUCUCACUGCCCAACCACAGCCCCCUGCACAGCUUCUCUCCCACCCUCCAGCCCCCCGCACACUCCCACCACCCCAAUAUGUUUGCCCCUCCCACGGCUCUGCCUCCUCCACCACCGCUGACAUCAGGGAGCCUGCAGGUCCCCGGACACCCAGCCGGGAGCACUUACUCAGAGCAAGACAUCUUGCGACAGGAACUGAACACACGUUUCUUGGCCUCUCAGAGUGCUGACCGUGGGGCUUCCCUGGGCCCUCCGCCCUACCUACGGACCGAGUUCCACCAGCACCAGCACCAGCACCAGCACACGCACCAGCACACGCACCAGCACACCUUCACGCCGUUCCCCCACGCCAUCCCGCCCACUGCCAUCAUGCCGACGCCAGCACCUCCCAUGUUUGACAAAUACCCUACAAAAGUUGACCCAUUCUACCGGCACAGUCUCUUCCAUUCCUAUCCCCCUGCAGUAUCGGGCAUCCCCCCUAUGAUUCCACCCACUGGCCCUUUUGGUUCACUACAAGGAGCAUUUCAGCCGAAGACAUCCAACCCUAUUGAUGUCGCCGCUCGACCUGGGACAGUCCCACAUACUCUACUCCAAAAGGACCCAAGGACUCGUUCACUGUGGUUUGGAAGGGCCGCUCAAGAUAGCGAAACUCUUCAGAUGUGUAAUUUGACAGAUCCUUUCAGACCUAUGUUAAGGAAACCAGGGAAGUGGUGUGCUAUGCAUGUUCACAUCGCCUGGCAGAUCUACCACCACCAACAGAAAGUCAAGAAACAGAUGCAGUCAGACCCACAUAAACUGGACUUCGGACUGAAACCCGAGUUCCUGAGCCGUCCUCCAGGCCCCAGUCUCUUUGGAGCCAUCCACCACCCCCAUGACCUGGCACGGCCUUCGACUUUGUUCUCUGCCGCUGGUGCUGCACAUCCAACUGGGACCCCUUUUGGGCCACCUCCUCAUCACAGCAACUUCCUCAACCCUGCUGCUCACCUAGAGCCUUUCAACCGGCCGUCUACGUUCACUGGCCUCGCAGCGGUUGGUGGCAACGCCUUCGGGGGCCUUGGAAACCCUUCAGUUACACCCAACUCAAUGUUCGGCCACAAGGAUGGCCCCAGUGUGCAGAACUUUAGCAGCCCUCACGAGCCCUGGAACCGGCUGCACCGAACGCCUCCGUCGUUCCCGACCCCUCCGCCCUGGCUGAAGCCAGGGGAGCUGGAGCGUAGCGCGUCCGCUGCAGCUCAUGACAGAGAUAGAGAUGUAGAUAAACGAGACUCAUCUGUUAGUAAAGAUGACAAAGAAAGGGAAAGUGUUGAGAAAAGACACUCCAGCCACCCUUCACCAGCACCCAUUCUCCCAGUGAGCACCCUGGGCCACACCCGCAGCUCCACUGAACAGAUCAGGGGUCAUCUGAACACUGAGGCUCGCGAGAAAGACAAAUCCAAAGAGAGGGAGAGGGACCACCAGGAGUCCCGCAAGGACCUGACCGCUGAGGAGCACAAGGCGAAGGAGGGCCACCUGCCCGAGAAGGACAGCCAUGGCCACGAGGGGCGAGCCGUGGGCGAAGAGGCCAAGCAGCUGGCCCGGGUGCCGUCACCCUACGUGCGGACCCCCGUCGUGGAGAGCACCAGGCCCAGCAGCACCUCGAGCCGCGAGGCUGAGCAGCGCAAGAGCGAGCCGGCCUAUGAGAAUCCCAAGAAGAACUCAGAGGUCAAGGUCAAGGAGGAGCGCAAGGAAGACCACGACCUCCCUCCGGAGGCCCCCCAGGCUCACCGGUCCUCGGAGCCGCCCCCUCCCAGCUCCUCGUCCAGUGUGCACCCGGGGCCCUUGGCCUCCAUGCCCAUGACGGUGGGGGUGACAGGCAUUCACCCCAUGAACAGCAUCGGCAGCCUGGACAGGACUCGCAUGAUGACUCCCUUCAUGGGCAUCACUCCCCGGCUGUACGAAGCUGACCGCUCCUUCAGGGACAGGGAGCCUCAUGAUUACAACCACCACCACCACCACCACCACCACCCUCUGUCUGUGGACCCUCGGCGGGAGCACGAGCGAGGGGGUCACCUGGAUGAGCGGGAGCGCUUGCACAUGCUCAGAGAGGACUACGAGCACACGCGGCUCCACUCCGUCCACCCGGCCUCCCUGGACGGACAUCUGCCCCACCCCGGCCUCAUCACCCCGGGACUGCCCAGCAUGCACUACCCCAGAAUCAGCCCCACCGCGGGGCACCAGAACGGGCUCCUGAACAAGACCCCGCCAACGGCAGCGCUGAGCGCGCCUCCCCCGCUCAUUUCUACGCUGGGGGGCCGCCCGGUCUCCCCCAGAAGGACUACUCCUCUGUCAGCAGAGAUCAGGGAGAGGCCACCUUCCCACACGCUGAAGGAUAUUGAAGCUCGAUAA